AUGCGAGUCGAUCUGCGAGAUCUUCGACGGCGUGAUCCGCGGGUCCUGCAGCUUGAGCGUCGAUCUCCGCUCGCAUCCCAGCACCACACACCGCUGGCCUUUGAUCCCCACCGCGCAGGUACCCCUCUUGACCGCCUCCGCGGCAUACUCCACCUGGAAGAUGUGACCGUCGGGCGAGAAAAUACUCAGUGCUCUGUCGUAGCCGCUCAUCUCGCCUGGUUGGGUCGCUGGCCGCUGCUGGGCUCGGUGGCAAAACGCAGCGGCGGGCCUUUUAUAUCAGUUGGCGGCGCGGGCGCCGCGCACCGCGUACGGGCCGCGGCCAGCGCACACUUAAAGCUUGCUCGCCACCGGUACGGUGUCCCGCAGCAGCAGCAACACCACACUGCACCGAUGGACGACCCCGCUGUUGUGGAUAUAGGGGACGACGAGUGCGCGGAGCGCCAGGAGCGGGCCGGGUUGCGGUCGCUGGUGCGGUUUGCCGGAUCGUGCGCCGUGAACCUGGUGCUGCCCUUUGUGAACGGCCUGAUGCUCGGGUUCGGCGAGCUGCUGGCGCACGAGCUGGCGUGGAGGAACAACCUGUUUGACCGGGUCAGGAACCGCGGGUACCGCGUGUACCCGCCGCGGCGGGUGCAGGCGGCUCGGGAGAAGACGUUCUUAUAG